AUGGAGAACGAAGAACUCAAUAACCAACUUCCACCACAUCAAGUAGAAGAACAGUUUGAUGAGGUGGCACCACGACGUGAUAGAAUACUCCGUGAUUAUGCAAGGCCAGAUCAUUUUGAAGGAGAAUCAAGUGUGAGGAGACCACCAAUUGCAGCAAACAACUUUGAAAUCCGCACAGGCUUGAUUCAAACCAUUCAACAGUCAUGUCAGUUUACUGGUGAUGCGAGUGAAGAUCCUCACACCCAUUUAAUUGAUUUUCUUGAAUUAGUUGAAACUUGCAGGUAUAAUGGAGUCACAACAGAUGCUAUCAGGUUGCGGCUUUUUCCUUUUUCAUUAAAAGGUGAAGCCAAAACAUGGUUGCGAAGUCUACCAAGAGAUUCUGAAUCUGUAUACCAGGCAUGGGAAAGAUUAGCAGCAAUGUUAAGAAAAUGCCCACAUCAUGGUAUCCAAGACCCUGAUAUUUUAUAUGUUUUCUAUCACGGUCUUAAACCCUCUGCUAGAAAUGUAAUUGAUGCAGCAUCAGGAGGAUCAAUAAUGGGAAAAACUACUACACAAGCAAUGCAAUUGCUUAAUGAAAUUUCGGAAAAUGCUGUUCAAUGGCCCUCAGACAGAAUGAUUAUAAAAAAAACGGCAGGAGUAAAUCAAAUUGAAGCUUUGAAUUCAUUGACACAACAAAUUGCGACUUUAACACAAAAAGUGGAGGCUUUUCAGGUAGGUGCUCACUCAUCAUCCCAACUUGAGAAUUGUGAUGUUUGUGAAGGUAAUCAUCCGAAUCAUGAAUGUCAAGCUUCAGCGCAAAAUGAAGAACAGGUACAGGGACCACCUGGUUUUCAAAAUCAAAACAGAGGGCAACAUGAUUUCCAGAAAUAUCAACAACCACCCCAAAGAGCUCAUCAGCAAAGCCUCGAAGACAUGAUGUACAAAUUCAUUAAGGCUACUGAUGAGAAGGUUGAAAGUCAAAGUUCAGCCAUCAAGAAUUUAGAAAUUCAGAUGAGCCAAUUAGCAACCCUCAUGUCUGAACAAAUAAAAGGUGCUCUACCAAGCAACACCGAGAAAAAUCCAAAGGAACACCUCAAAGCCAUCUCUCUGCGGUCAGGUAAAACUCUUGAUGAUCCAUAUGCAGAUAGACAAGGAAAACCACAAGAAGUGGAACAGAAACUUGGCGAUCCAGGGAGUUUUACAAUUCCUUGUACUGUGGGAGGUGCUCACUUUGAAAAGGCAUUAUGUGAUUCGGGUGCUUCAAUAAAUCUAAUGCCUUUUUCAAUUUUCAUGAAAUUAGAACUUGGUGAAAUGAAAGAUACUGGUGUGUCUCUUCAAUUAGAUGAUCAAAGUCCUAAGAAACCAAAAGGAAUUAUUGAAAAUAUCCUUAUCAGAGUUGACAAAUUUGUAUUCCCAGUAGAUUUUAUAGUGCUUGAAAUGGAAGAAAAUACUGAGUCGCCUUACCGCGCCUGUGGCAUCGCAAAUGCGGUAUACCUAGCCGCACCUGCGGUCCUCCACGCACCUGCGCCUCCUUUCCGCUCCUGCGGAGCUCGCACCAGCGGUCCCCAAUCCGCAGUGCACUGUUUACGUGUUCUGCAAUUUGCUUUGGAGCAUCCUGCUCCACGGUUUGGUCGUCUUCCUGCCGAUCUUCAGCGCGCGACGCAGACCUUUCAGUUGCAAGCGGAUGCAAUCAGAAAUUUGCCUGGCGUAGUAUCUUUGCGUCAUUUCUUGCCCAUUUUAGGAAGCUGUAUUAGAAGAGCUGUUUGA